AUCAAGGGAGUGAAUGGCAAAAUGGGAAUGAGAAUUAUGGUGGGAUUGGUGGCUGUCAUGGCGGCGGCGGCGGCGGCGGCGGUGGUUUUGUUGGCAACUUCAAAAUCAUCUCAAGUUUUUCUAAGUAGUAAGCUUCUUGGGAGUCCUCAUUUCAUGUUCUCAAUCUUCAACUCUAUAAUUCUUCUCAUAAUUGUGACAUACCAUCGGCCACCACUUCAUCAAUCUCCCUAUCAUAUACGAAAAGGGUCGUGCUACCUAGAGUCGUAUCAAGGGUACUAUACCCCUUGUCAAAACAUUGAAUUCUAUGCUUGUGACGAUGAACAUGACAGUGACGAUGAAUAUGAAGAUGACAGUCAAAAUGAGAAAGACGAAAUCGAGCAAUUAAAUGAAGAUGAAACCGAGCAAUGUGAUGAAGAAGAUGAAGACGUUGAUGAUGAGGAUGAUACUGAGCGAUGUGAUGAAAAAGACAACGACGAUGAACUGGAGAAGAGGAUAGAAGAAUUCAUAGCUAAAGUGAACAAGCGAUGGAGAGAAGAGAAGUUACGAGACAAUUUGUUUAAUCAAUUUUGUUCGAGUAAUGUUUGUAUUUGAAAUUAAAUUGAAGUGAUAAAAAU